AUGCAUCGGCUCGGCAUCCGCAACGCCGAAGUCGCCGUCAUCAACGACGAGAUGAUCCAGGCGAGCAUCACCAAGGACGGCGUCGACACGCUCAACGAAAGCGCCGUCACGGACGUCGAGGGAAGCAGUCCGGACGUUGACUUUGCCAAGCUUCAAGUGCUCUCGCUCUCGUUUCGCAACAUUUUUAAAAUCGACAACCUCCUCACGCUGCGCAGCCUCACAAAGCUACAGCUCGACAACAACGUGAUUCAAGAGAUUGAGGGCAUCGGGCACCUCACGAACCUCACGUGGCUCGACCUCUCGUUCAACAACAUUGCUGAAAUCAAGGGCCUCGAAACCCUCACCAAGCUCCACGACCUGACCUUGUACAACAACAACAUUGCAAAGCUCGAGAACCUCGACGCCCUCAAGCAGCUCCAGGUGCUCUCGGUGGGCAACAAUGCGCUCGGGAGCACGGAAGGGCUGCUGUACCUCAAGUGCCUCGAGAAGCUCCGCGUGCUCAACCUCGAAGGCAACCCUGUGUGCUCCGACCCCGAGUACCGCGCGUUCGUUCUCGCGCAUCUCGAUAAGCUCAAAUACCUCGAUUACUCGCUCGUGGACAUAUCCGAAGUCGUGCAAGCGCGUGAGCAGUACCAGGACGAGCUGGAAGAAAUGAAGGAGGUGAAAGCGAUCGAAGAUGCGGCGCUGGCACGCGAGGCAGACCAUGCCAAGUACACGCAAGUGCUCCAAGAAGCCAACAUCAUCAUUCUCGAGACGCUGCUCCACGAUAUGUUUGAAGAAGACACGGAGAUUAGCAAGAUUGAAGUGCUGCCAGGCUUGCGUAAUUUGAUCGAUGACUAUACGGAGAAGGUCAAAGCCGCCACCGAAGACAUCAAGGUCGUGCUUCUCGAGAAGCACGCGACGAUCCAAGCCGCAUGCACGGCCUUCAAGUCCCAGUACAAGAAACAGAGCGACAUGACGCAGCACAACAGCAUCCACGCGUGCGAGCGCUACAAGAAGGCGGUCAAGCACCUCUUCAAACAAGCUGUCGCGACCGCCGACUCGGACGUGACACCCGUGCUUGGCCAAGCCCAAGCGGCGUGCGAGGGCCUCAACACGGAGCUCUUGGAGCACGAGUCGGUUUUGAUCGAGUUUGCACAAGAGGCAGUCGCGUCGCUGGAAAGUCAGAUUGAGACGAUCGGUAUCGAAGCGAGGGCCGUCGCGACCGACCAUUUCCGAACGAUCGAGACACUCGAAAACAACUUCUUCGAUGCUGUGACACAGCUGGCGGCGAAUCUGCUCGAGCGCAUGGCGACCGAAGAUGGCGAAGAAGACGACUUUCUCAGCGACGAGUGCCGCGCGAUCCUCAACGAUCGCGAUGCGCUCAACAAUGCCAUCAACGGAUCCCACGACAUUCACAUUGGCAAGCUCCUCGCCCAAGAAGACUCGAUGCGCGAACAGAAUGUCGCCAAGAUCCACGAGCUGAUCAAGACGGCCAAGGACGAGGAAUGGGCCCGCAACCGCAAGCGCGUUGCCGAGAUCAUCAACAUGAAGCAAAAACACUUGUCCGAAAUCGCUGCCUUGCGAGAAGAGCUCUCGCGCACCGAGGACGAGUUUUACUAG